AUGACAUUUAAACCAAAUCCAUCAUAUAUCAAAAGCAAAGAAGACGCUGAGAUCUUUAUUUCCACCUUUGAUAACUUCUUAUUAGAUUGUGACGGAGUUAUCUGGUUAUCAGAAACAUUGAUUCCUGGAGUAGGUGAUUUUCUUAAUUAUUUAGAAGAGAAUAAGAAGAACUAUGCCUUUGUCACUAAUAAUUCAUCUAAAUCAAGAGAAUCCUAUUUAAAGAAAUUCCAUGAAUUAGGAUUAAACAUUCGACAAGAACAAAUAUACACCACGGGUUAUUCGGCUGUUUUGGAGUUACAACGUUUAGGUAUUAAUCCAGGUAGUAAAGUUUGGGUAUUAGGAGAUGAAGGUAUUGAAGAAGAAUUAAGAAUUGAAGGGUAUUUCCCAAUUGGUGGUAGUGAUCCUGCUUUAAAUGAUGAAUUUUAUCCUAAACAUCCAUUGUUAACUGUUGAUCCCGAAGUCAGAGCCGUAGUUGCUGGUUCAACAACUGCUUUCAAUUUCCUUAGAUGUGCUACUACGUUACAAUAUUUGAUGCAUGAUAACAAGAGUUUACCAUUUAUUGGAACCAAUGGGGAUCGUAACUAUCCAGGAUCAUAUGGUUUAACAUUACCUGCUGGUGGAGCAUUAGUUGAACAUCUAUCCUUCUGUUCAGAAAGAAAAUAUACAAAUGUUGGCAAACCUGAUACUGUAUUAGCAGAGACUAUUUUACAAAAUACUGGGUUUGAUAGAAUGACAACAGUUAUGAUUGGCGAUACAUUAACUUCAGAUAUUAAAUUUGGUAACGAUUCAAAGCUAGGCGGCGGGAAUGGAACCAUGUUGGUUUUAUCUGGUGUUACUAGUUUUGACGAUUUAAAGUCAUUAUUGGAAAGACCACAUCAUUUAGAAGAACACGAAGAAGCAUUGGUUCCUAGAUUUUUUGUUGAUUCAUUAACUAGAUUGAUUCAACUUUUGGUUGAAUAG